ACCGGCAAGAUGGCGGAAGUAGAACAAAAGAAGAAGCGGACCUUCGGCAAGUUCACCUACCGUGGCGUAGACCUCGACCAGCUGCUGGACAUGUCCUAUGAGCAACUGAUGCGGAGGAAGCAGCACUUGUUGCUGAAGCGGCUGCGCAAGGCCAAGAAAGAUGCGCCGCCCAUGGAGAAGCCCGAGGUGGUGAAGACGCACCUGCGCGACAUGAUCAUUCUGCCCGAGAUGGUGGGCAGCAUGGUUGGCGUCUACAACGGCAAGACCUUCAACCAGGUGGAAAUCAAGCCUGAGAUGAUUGGCCACUACCUAGGCGAGUUCUCCAUCACCUACAUGCCCGUGAAGCACGGCCGGCCCGGUAUCGGGGCCACCCAUUCCUCCCGCUUCAUCCCCCUCAAGUAACCUGCUGGCCAAUAAAAGCAGAGAUUUCUCUAAAAAA